AUGCCAAAAUUAAAUAAACGUCGGUCUAUAGGACGUAUUUAUGUGCAGAAGCGUUGGUAUGAUAAAACAGUCUUAUCAGAAAAUGAUAGUGAAUCAGAACGAGAAGAUAUUACAUCGGAUAAAUAUGAUAAAUCUGAAUUUAUUCGUUUUACUGAUAAGAUGAAAGUCGAUGAUAUUGGAGAUCUAUUCGAAUUAAUUAAAAAUAAAAUAGGUUUAAAACUUGUAAGCGUUUUAUUAUAUAUGACUCUUCGUUAUUUUGGUAUAAAUUGGCUUGAAUGUGACGAGUUUUUUAAGAAGAUAAAUGGACUAAAGACUGAAACAGCUAACAAAUGGGCUAAUAUCUUUUUAUCAGGCAGCUUUAACGAAUUCAUUAGCGAAGCUAAAGCCUAUGCUGCUGAACGAUGUGCUGCAAAAGCUGCUGAUUUUGAUGCAUUUGAAUUAACUAAAUUUAUUGAUGAACAAUUUUAUAUGCUAACUGAUCUUAAAAAAGAUCCUGAUGAUUCAUUGAUUCGCUCAGUACAAUCCUGUCGUCUAGACCUUCGAAGAUGGGGUGCUCGUUUCGAAUCUAAUUCACAACGUCCCUACUUUGAAGGCCAUGAACGACAAGAUGUAGUACAACACCGUACACAUUUUCUACAAUAUUUUCUUCCAAGAAAAGAUUCAUAUUAUUUAAUAAGCGAGGGGUCACAGCCAAAAUGGCGAGUGCCCACGGAUGGAACACCAACUAUCCUAAUCUUUCACGAUGAAAGUACUUUUCGAAGCGGUGAGGUGUCAGCUAAGCGUUGGUUAUAUGGUGAUCAGGCACCAUUUUAUUCUAAAGGUCGUGGUAGAUCGAAUAUGUUAUCAGACUUUUUAGUUAUGCAUCCAUCAGGACCAUUUUUUUAUCUAAGUCCGUCUGAAUAUGAAAAAGCAUUAGAAAAAUAUCCCGAUCUAGAUGAAGAACAAGAUAUUGAUUACAGAGAACGUUCUGCCAGUGCAUCUAUGAACGUCGGCUCUGAUUCUUAUUUUGAUAACUCGACAAUAUUAAGUCAAUUCGAGCGAUUAUUUAAAUUACUAUAUUUCAAAAAAUGUUUUAAUAAUCAUAAAAUCGAAAUUAUAGUUGAUAAUGCGCGUACGCAUUCAGCUCGUGCCUAUACUUUAUUCGAUUUCGGAAAAGGAAUUUCAGCACGUUGUCCUGUGGAUCAACUUGAAUGGGUGGGUGAUAAAGGAACUACUCAAUCAUUAUCAUGUUAUUUUCAGAAAGGUCAUAAUAGAGGAAAAUCUAAAGGUUUAUAUCAGAUUGCAGUCGAACUUAAGUGUAAUCCUUCACCAAAAGCACAACUAAGUCAGCUACAUCAGUUACUUGCUCAUCAUCCGGCAUUUCAAAAUGUAAUUUUACUCAGCUUACAUCACAAUCUUAGAAAACAGCUUUUCUAA